AUGGCCAAGCCUGAUUUGUUAUCCAUACCAGCAGAAAUACGCAGCAUCAUCUACACCACUCUAUUCGACGACGCAGACCUCAGCUUGCGCAUCACUAGAUAUGGCGCAAUAGACACUUCCAAGUGGCCACUCCCCAUCGUGAGAGUGUGCAAGUUGCUACGCGUCGAAGCCUUGCACCUUCUUCAGGAGCACAACAUCUGGCUGCUCUGUGAGAAUGGCGUUUUCCCUCGCAAGAUCCACGAGAAGCUGCCUGAGUGGAUCUAUAAGCGCGUCAGGGUUAUACAGAUGUCACGGACAGCGCACGCCAUGUUUCAGUUUCCGCUACCAUCCAGAAGCACGUUUCCAAAAUUGGAGUCGGUCAUUAUUGACUUCGAUGGAUUUGGAAGGGUGGAAGGCACCAUCGAUGACAGUUUAGAAGAACAUCCACGACUUCGACAGCCAGAGCACCAACACUACCAAAACUCCCCCUACCAAGCCGCCCGCUCCGCCGCCAAAGAAAAAAACCGCACAACAAUGUACUACGGCGCCUCCCUCAUAAUCGGCACCGUCGCCCUCUCCUACGGUUCCGUCCCCCUCUACAAAAUGAUCUGUCAACAAACCGGCUGGUCCGGCCAACCCGUCAAAGCCCACGAAAACACUUCCUCUGACCUCCCCGCCUCCGAACGCCUGAAACCCAUGGCCGACCACCGCAGGCUCCGAAUCACAUUCAACGGGUCCGUAAGUGACGUGCUACCCUGGAAAUUCACGCCUCAGCAGAGGGAGGUGAGGGUACUUCCAGGCGAGACAGCGCUGGCGUUCUACACAGCUACGAACAAAAGUGAGGCGGAUAUCAUUGGGGUGGCGACGUAUUCGGUCACGCCGGGCCAGGUCGCGCCGUAUUUUUCGAAGAUUCAGUGUUUUUGCUUUGAGGAGCAGAAGUUGAAUAAAGGGGAGACGGUCGAUAUGCCGGUUUUCUUCUUUAUUGAUCCGGACUUUGCAAAGGAUCCGAACAUGAGGGGGAUCGAUACUAUUACGUUGAGUUAUACGUUUUUUAAGGCGAGGUAUGAUAAGAAUGGGGUUUUGACUACGAUUCCGGGGGCGUUGAUGCCGGCUUGA